AUGAAAUUCACUCUGGAUCCAAACACUGCACAUGAACGUCUCCGUCUGUCUGAAGGGAACAGAGCGGUGACUUACACUGACACACCUCAGCUGUAUCCUGAUCAUCCAGACAGAUUUGAUGGUUAUCUUCAGGUGUUGUGUAGAGAGAGUGUGAGUGGACGCUGUUACUGGGAGCUUGAGUGGAGUGGUGUGUAUAUAUCAGUGUCAUAUAAGAGCAUCAGCAGGAGGGGACGGGGUGUUGAGUGUUUGUUUGGAUAUAAUGAUCAGUCCUGGAGUUUGCACUGCACUCCCUCCAGAUACUCAUUCAGACACGAUAAGAUGCAGACUCGUCUCCCUGUCAAGUCCAUCAGCAGUAGAAUAGGAGUGUUUGUGGAUCACAGUGCAAGAACUCUGUCCUUCUACAGCGUCUCUGACACAAUGAGCCUCAUGCACACAGUCCAGACCACAUUCACUCAGCCGCUCUAUCCUGGGUUUAAUGUUUGGGGUCGACAAUCAUCAGCAAAGCUAUUAUAACUAUCUAGAUUACAGAGAGAUCUACACAUUGUACUUUUAUAUGGCAACUCUGAGAUGCUUGGUAAAUCUGAAUAUUUAUAUUUCAUGUGUAUUCAUUCACCACGCACUUUUAUCCAAAGUGGCUCACAAAAGAGAAACAGUGAAAUGUUGUAGGUCUUUUAUUUUCUAAUGUUUAAAGGGGUCAUGACAUGAGAAAUCAAAUCGGCUUUGAUCUUUUGUCAUG